CGUCUAUCAUCUCGAUGACAGAAAGUUUCCAUUCUUUUGUUUUGGUUACACUAGAAACACCCAAAACAAAAUACGAAAUUAAAUCAGGCCGUGAAUGAGUUAAUGAUUUUGAUCAGGCAGGAUGUCGUGCAAUGCGUGUAGUAAAAGUUAUGGAUUUUUCUGCAAAGAAAUUGGCUGUCCCAGUUGCGGUUUUUCAUUCUGCUCCAAAUGUCUUAAGAAGUCCCUAGCGCUACCUAAAUUCAAGGGAGCCGAGAAAAAAGUUUGUCUCAGUUGCUACGAUAAAUAUACGAAAAACCAGCUAUCAUCCAGCGACGAACCCAUGGAAAUAGAUCCUGCAGUCAUUUCACCUAUGGAUGCACCGAUUCCUGCUGAAGCCCAGACCGAUCUCGACGAAGUGAUACGAAAUCGGUUGAUUUCGCUGAAAGAAGACCGUUUGAAUUCCAAAACCAAUUCACAGUCGUUUGCUGACAUUGCGAUAAGAGUAUCGAAUCUGAAGGGCAUCGCGCACAAGGAACAUUCCAACAAAGAUAUUUUGUUAAAUAUGGACACCAGAACCGACGAGGAGAAGACUAGGGAUCUUGUCAAACAGUUUUUGGAGGAACGAUCACUGGACGAACAAUCCGAUCCGAUUAAGGAUAUUGAGAGGCGUCUGGCUGCGUUGAAAGGAUGCUCCAGUUCGGAUGAUAUGAAAGCUGAUGCAAAUAAGGAAAGUGAUUCCGACGAUGAGACGAAAGUGAAAAAAUUGGUGUCCAAGUAUUUGGAUGAGGCAGCCUUACCCGAUGCAAACAUAGAACUCACACCCGAAGAACAGGAAUUUGUAAAAAAUGCUGAAGGAAAGAAGGAUAAAGACCUCGAGGAAUUGCCGUGGUGCACAAUUUGUAAUGAAGAUGCUGAGUUAAGGUAUCAGGGAGAUCUGUUCUGUAAACAGUGCUACAAAGAGAUCAAAGAAGAGGAUGACGGAUAGCUUGAGAACGACGAGAAGACAACACGAAUGCCGUUCACUAAAUUGCUUUAUUAUUCGAUUAAUUUUUAAAAUAUUAAAAUUGCUAUUUACACCAUA